AUGCGACCUAAUCGUCUCAAUUCUAGAGCAUCAUCAGCUACAUUAUCCCUCAGACGACAGCAAAAUGUCGCAACCUUAUUCGUAGAUGAUUCUAGUAUCGCUCAAAACUUACUACGAGGCCAAGUAAUCCCUAUCAGAAGAGCAUCCAUCAGAGCACUUCCAUCGGACCCAAACAUUUCAUUAGCUUUAGCAGGGGAUGGCCCUUCGAUCGCCGGCGAGCCUUCAGACGUAGUGCAGCGACCAAGGAUUCGACGCGGUCUUUGCAGCAGUAAUACCUGGACUUCCUCGAGUGCAGGGGGCGAGUCUGAAAAUGACGACUCGGAUGAUCGCACACCCUUCAUAGAAGAAUUCAAUCGAUUAGCGGAUAAGCAUGGCGUACGAAGAUUUAUUCCCAGUGAAUACGAGGAUCUUCCUUGUAUCGAAGAUGGACCUGACAAACACGGUAAUUGGCUAUCCAGAAAGCUCUUCAGACGGACGUCCUCAUCUCAGACGCCCAUUGUUAAAUCCAAGAAAGUAGAACGACGAGAUCUUAAGAAAAUGCGAAGCAUUAGCGAUUCAUUGCGGCUGAAGAGCAGAAAAGACUCACUCAAGGAUAGAGAUUUGGUAGAACUUGUUCGUUUGUGCGGAUCAAGUCUGUUAUACCUUCCAGCCGAAUAUGCUGCGAGCAGCUUAACUUUACCGACUUGCAUUCGUGCUACAGCUCAAUAUUUGAUACAGCAUGCUCCUACCACCCGCGGCGUAUUUCGAGACGAAGGGCAUAUUGCGGGAACAGUAAGAUGUCCGACUUUACCAGACCAUAUAGACUGCGAUGUGCAUGACGUUGCAUCUGCAUUCAAGAGAUUUCUCUCUGGUAUCCCUGGUGGUAUUUUGGGUUCACUUCCAUUAUUCGACGCCCUCGUCUCCAUCCAAACACAUCUUAGGGGUGAUCCAGAAAUGACACGAACAAAGCUUAGUAAGGUUCGAGCGAGACUGAUUGCUUUGUCUAUCUCGACUUUAAGGUCAACAUAUAGGCGGGAACUUAUCUGUGCAGUUCUAGGUUUACUCUGUAUGGUUGGCCGUGCAGCAGAGACAGCGCGAAGGGAAGACGACCGGGGCAGGCCUCUACCUACUUCAGAUCUUAUGGGCUAUAAACCAUUGGGGAUUGUUUUUGGUCCCUUACUUGUGGGCGAUCUACUGGACAACUACAAUAUUCGCUUGGCCAAUGGCCACGGUAGUUUGGUUCUCACUCCUUUGAGUCCACCAAAAACUAAGAAGGAAAGGAAAAAACACAAAAGUGCAGAAGAGGGUGUUACUUUUAAUAAUCUAGUUGACAAAAUCAAGGUUGCCGGCGAAAUCAUGGAAAUGCUCAUCACUCAUUGGCGGGAUGUAGUGCGCCACAUGAAGAAUCUAGAAGCCCUCACAGUCGUUGAGGGAAGCAAAAUUAUGGGUAUUCGGGGGAGGAAACCGCCCAUUUUACGUCCUUCGAUGUCAGAGUCCUUCUCCUUACGGAGGCCUCCCGACUGGACAUAUGACAAACCCAAUAGGAAUGCUGACAGGAGUCAAUCUCCAACUCCGCCACAGCGUAGAACCUCACCUCGUUCGUGUCCAAGGCAUAGUAGUGGGGAUACUACUGAACAGCAGGCCAUUGAACAGCAGGUAAUCGAUGAUCACGCCAGUCCCUUGAAAUUGGAUCCCCUUCCAGUCACAAAGCAACGGUCGCGCCAAAGAUUAUCGCCAGGAGAAGCUCUUAAGAACGCAAAAUCUUCAAGUGCCCUUUCCACAGCUCUGGUAAAGGAGCAUCCCGAUGAAAAUAAUUUUGAAGAUAGUAAGCUGAGUUUCAAGCAAACCCCACAAAGUGUUGGGCCAUCUUCAUCUACAAGAAAUAGAAAAGAAAAUAAUCAAAAGAGUCCAGCUGUAGAAUAUACUACUGAACGCCGUGCCAAAGGCAUUGUUCGAAGGCUCGAGAGCGAUUCGAUUGAAGCUGAGGACCUGUUACCUGUCAAAGAUUCCAAGGACUUGGGACAUGAUAAGACAUUGGACGCACAACCAAGCCUACUAUCACUAGAUACGCAUUUGAAGAAGAUAAAAACGACUAGCUCAUCUUCUCCUUUACAUGACAAUAAUCAAAAACACAAGCAGGUCUCUGGGCCAAGCCAUCGUGAUACCCCAUCCAACAGAGAAAAUCAUAUCAGAUUUGCGCCAAGCACAUCCCACGCCCAGGAAGCCAAAGAUUCUCGAAGACGCCAAGGCUUCACAGGCUCUGAUUACUCCAAGGGAAAUAGCCCUAAGGAUCCACUUUCUCAGGUCUCACAUGAGGAAGACCUAGCAUCCUUGGCUGUGCUGGGGCAGGCCCUGGAAUCGCCUGUCGUAUCGAUAAAAUCGGCAAAGUCGGUAAAGUAUACCGAGAGACCUGAUGACCCGAUGAAACAUGAUUCAGGUAUAGAUUUUCAUGAGAAAAGAGAGGCGGAGAGACCAUUGAAGAAACCUAGCACGCCAAACUCUUUACGUCCUCAACUCUCUCGCCAGAAGGUUUCUGAUACACCAAAAUCCGCAAAGAUUCAUGGACACGAUGACCGGUCUGGCAUUAAGAGUAAUGUUUCGCGAAAGACCGAUUCUACCGCACCUGUCAUUACAACAUUAGUGGGGCCUAAGAUUGUACAGGCGAAAGGAGGACCUUCUCAUGAAACAGCUUCACCUGCUACCUUGUCAAAAGUAGCCUCGAUCAGAGAAAUGUUUCGAAAGCGGAAGUCCGACAGCCGAUCAUCAAAAUCAACGGAAGAUAACCACAAGAGUGAACCUUCUAGGCCAGUCACAGAGCAUCACCCAGAACCCCAUUCACGAAAAAUUCCCACUCCUGAGCCUACUCGAACGCCGAAGAAGGUCAGUGUUAGGGCCAUGGCAGAGAAAUUUGAUACAGUGAAGCCAACACCACCUCCUCUAUCGUCAUCAGCCCCAGUAAAAUCUGCUAUAUCAGUACCUAUAGCAACGUUCGACAAUCGGAGAGGUGAGGGUGUUGUUUCGCCUUAUACUAUCAAUCCGCCACCGUCGCCAACAAGAUCAAUUGCAUCGUUUAAAUCUGGAAAGUCUAUUCGUUCUUUCCGUAAUACGGGCUUAGCUCAGCGCUUUCAGCAAGCUCAAGAACAGUCAUCGCCCACCAAAAUGCAAGCUCCAAAGAGAGUCUUGAGAGAUUUCUUACAAGACGCUAUCCCACCACAAGUCAUACUUGAGAAUUCUCACGAAGACUCUGUAGCCUCGUCGAGACGUCCACUUUCUACUGCAAAUUCUCUCACCAUUCCACUGAAACCAGUGGGCCAUCAACCACCUAUGCCAGCUAGACAAGCUGGAAUGGAUGGCGCAUAUAGUAGUAUUGGCAAUUCUGAUAUUCUGUCUUUGACAUCAUCAGAAUUUGAAGCUGCACAUACUUUUCUACAAUCACAAUCGCAACUUGCUCACGAUGCAACGCUUUUCAAGAAUACUUUGGCUCGUGGUAACACCGUCUUACACUCGCAGAUACGCAGUCUCCAACAACAGGUGUAUGAGAAAACCGAACAGGUACGGCAGUUGCAACGACGAUUUGAAAUAAGAUCCAGCUCUGAUACCGAGCAUAUCAGCUUGACGGAACAAUUGAGAGAAUCGAGAGAGGAAGUAGAGAUGUGGCGAAGAAGGGCUGAAGCGGCGGAGAGAAAGGUGGAGCUGAUGGACAUUAUUAGAACUAGAAAUGAUUCGAGGAUGGAAGAGCAGCGAGGACUCACCUAUCAGGCUAAGGGUGUUCAAGCUGAAGAUGACAUUGUCUCACAUGGAAGGGGAUAUAGUGUUGAUGGUGGUACGAGGAAACUAAUUUUGAGACGGAGGAUGACUAGUGCGAUGAGCUCAGAGGAUAGCACUGGGAGCAAUGGAACUGUUGUUAGAGAGAAAGGUGGAAGAUAUGAGGAUGGAAGUGAGAUUUGUAUGGAUGUUAACACUGAUGGAGUUAUACAUAAUGAUUGGGCAAAUCAGACACUUUCCAUUAUGGAUGGUCUUGAAAGUUGGGAGGUUUGA